CCCUUUCCUGCAGCUUCGUGUAGACGGAUAAUCCCACAAAAUUGGUUUUAACUUCUUGUGGAAGUUAAGCUGCUGCUUCACGGACUCUUAAAACGUGUCAGACAAGUUACCUGUGGACUUUAACGUGUUGAACUGCAACCAUGCAGAGGCUGCAGCUUUUGAAAGACUCUUUCUUUGGCCUGGAUGUUGUCCAGCAGCAGGUGGUGAUUGGGUCGGCUGUGGCGCUGGCAGCAGGUGGAAUACUGUUGUAUGCAGCACAGAGAAGGAACAAGGUGAAAACUAUCCCCAUCGGUGAAGGAUGGUGGGGGGCAGGAGAGAAGACGUCACUGUCGGAGGAUAAGAAAGUCUACCCGUUCACGGUGAAAACCUCAGAUGAAGAGAUUAAGGACCUGCAUGAGCGCAUUGAUAAAUCCCGUUAUGCAGACCCGUUGGAAGAAAGCGGCUUCCAGUAUGGCUUCAAUUCCACUUACCUGAAGAAAGUGGUUUCGUACUGGAGGAAUGGGUUUGACUGGAAGAAGCAGGUGGCAAUGUUAAACAAAUAUCCACACUUUAAAACCAAAAUAGAAGGGCUGGAUGUGCACUUCCUUCAUGUGYGCCCGCCACACCGGGCGGAUCAGAAGGUCCUGCCUCUCAUGCUCGUUCACGGCUGGCCRGGCUCCUUCUACGAGUUCUACAAGAUUCUGCCACUUCUCACCCAGAACCACAGCGGCGUUGCCUUCGAGGUCGUGAUCCCCUCCAUCCCCGGCUACGGCUUCUCAGAAGCCCCUCACAAACAAGGAUUUAACAGUCUGGCUGCUUCGCGAGUUUUCCUGACUCUCAUGGAGCGUCUGGGCUUUUCCCAGUUCUACGUGCAGGGAGGRGACUGGGGCUCGCUCAUCACCACUAACAUGGCACAGAUGAAGCCCGA